AGGGUUUCCAGCUAAAAUGGCUCAUUACUACUCAGCGCGGUUUCCUCGUCUGGAUAUAGGAGGCGGGAGAAGCGGGUCCGGAGAAUUAGACAUCUCGGCUGCAGAAGGUUUGUUCUGCAUGCAUGCGCAACGACGCGUUAACUCGCAGGUUAUCAUGCUUUGGUGGUAUAUGUACUUCUGCUCGAUUUUUACUGUCUUUCACUAAACUUGAGGCCAAUUCUAGCAAGCCAGACACUAACGCGAGGGUCUGCUGGCUUGCAAGAACUUAUAUACAUUUAGCCAGCUAUAAAAUUAAAAAAGUCGUUCUGUCCCACAGGAGAUGAGGGGAAUGAAUACUGGUUCCCUGCACUUGCCUACAAAGUCUAUUACCCCAUCAUAUGGGGACUGAUACUAGUUGCAGCCAUCUUGCUAAUGUGUGCCUGCAUGGGGUGGACCCACUGCUGUACUGUCCGCUGUAGAAACCGUAAGAAGAAAGACACAGAAGUAUGCCAGUUAGAAAGUGCAAUCUUACCAAGAGAAGACAGAGAGAAAACAACACUUGAAAAUGGGGCUGUACUGAAUGGACACAGACCAGAGCCGCUGGAGAGAGCAGGGGGAAACACAGAUGGAAUGGAAAUGGUUGAGGCUGAACUGCAUGCUACACCGGAGAACGAAGGAGGGAGAACUGUUGAGCAAAAUCGCAAAGGGGCCAGUGGUGCAGUGGAGAGAGAAAUAGAGGAACAGCCAAGCAGGGCGCUUGCAGGUGUGAAUUCGCAAAGACCAAGCAAUUCGGGAGGGCCAGCAUUGUUACACGAGGGGCAUCCGGGUACUGGGCCGGUGCCAGAGGUAAAAGAUACAGGCGAGAUGGCUGAUGGUGGGGCAACAGUGAGUGAGACUACAGUCGCUGCAGAUGUACACAGAGACAGUACUGUAGGGCAAAUUGAUCACAGCGACACCUGCAGUCCCCAGCAAACCAAAGUGUCUGGCAGUAAAUCCAAGGCUUUUAAACCAGCCCCCUUAUCCAUCCUACCACCAGGUGAAACGUAUACUUCGGGCACUCUCCCUAGUGAAACGAUGCAUGCUGCUGGAAAAACGGCCGUGUCGCCCAAAUCAGCCACAUUACCCGAACGAACCAGUCCUAAGAACACCGAACCACAGAGCGUGAGAAGAGUGAAGACUAAACCAGUACCCCCGAAAGACCAUCGAUUCUCAGACCGCAUCAAAACUAAGCCGGCUGCCAAAGAUCAGUUAGCACACCGCCCGCGUUCCGCUGCACCAGAGGUGAAAAGAACCUCGAAAGAUUACCAAGAAACGACUCCUGGGGACCAAAGCCCUCUUGUACAAGGUGGCUACUACAAUAGUCUCAAAAACAGGCAGAGUCUUACACUUGAAGGCAAGGAGACUGAUGAUUAAACUACACCAUUGCAACUAUGACCCAGUAGUAGCUAGUUGAUUUGCCACCUCACGGCUAGCUAGUUUUGUGUGUGCUUUUACAUCGAUACACUGCGAUACAUAAACAUAAUCCUUUUCUUCCGGAUGAUACAUAAUACAGUGUAUCCAACAUAUUGCUAUUGUACUGCUUAGCUACAAAGUUUAUGUACACUGUAUGCUAUGUUAUUACAAUACACUACGAAAACUGGUUGUAUAGAGUAAGUGCAUAGCUACAUACGUAAUGCAAAAGUGAUGCACUGUUGGGCAGCUAUGUGAAUAAAUUGUUUUGUAUGAUUUGUCCUUUGCUUUUCAAUAUUUCAUUGUAUAUCCCUAUAGCAUUGUAUUAUUCGAAAUUUAUUCAUUUAAAAACCUGUUCUGCCAGUUUUGCUAACGAGUCAGUAAGAAGACUACUUGGGGUUCGCACUCGGAGGUCAAGGUUCGCAGAGGUAACUUUACCGUGGACGAGACACGGUAUUUUGGGGAGGAACGUUCCGGCUGCUAUUCCUUCUUGGCCUGACAGAGGAAGAGAUGGAGGGAGUUAGGAGAGAGGGUGGAGGGGGAAAAUAGAGAGGGGAGGGGGA